CGCCCUCUCCUUCCCGUGAAAAACCCCGCAGCCUCCAACCGAAAAGGCGAAAUCUCCGAGCCAUACACUAGCUACCGCCACAAUCACUCGCAGUCGCGGCACACACACCCACGCCCCGACGCCCAGAUGGCCUAGCGCAGCGCACACAGGGGAGUCAGCGCUUCUCUCGCGCCUCGAUCCCAGCGCUCGUGCCGUACGUGCGUGACGCAAUGCCGGCGCCGGACCGCGCCGCGGGCGGCCACGCGCACCUCACCAACUGCGUACACCUGCGCCACCACGGGGGAGGCGGCGGCGGCGGGCCCGCGUCCUCCUCGCGCCGGAGGCGGAGCCCCGCGUCGGCGGCGCUGAUGCGCGACCUCCUCGCGCUCCAGCGCUCGCGGGCGCGGACGCUCCGGGACCCGUCCACCCGCCGCUCCGUCGAGUCCUCCUCCAAGGUGGCGGCAGACCCCGACCCCUACACCACCGACGACCGCGACGGCGGCGUCGAUCUCCCCGCCAGGUCCCGACGCGGCGCCAAGGCCAACGGGUCGCUCAAGACGCUCCUCGACCAGCUCGCCGACAACCCCCACCCCAAGCCGGCCAGGCGCCCCCGCCGCCGCUUCAAACGCGGGGCCGGAGCCGGGGUCACCCGCCGCGCCGGCGGCGCCAGCAAGGCCCCAGAUCGCGCCGCCGCCGCGCUCUCCCUCAACUCCAGCUCCCAGGAGGCCGUCUGCGGCAACAAGUACCUCUUCCGCGACGGCGACGAGCUGCGGCAGCAUGUGCCGCAGGACUCGCGCAACGUCUGCGGCAUCCCGUGGAACUGGUCGCGCCUCCACCACCGCGGCAAGUCUAUCCUCGACCUGGCCGGCCGCAGUCUAUCGUGCGGGCUCUCCGACCCCAAGUCGGCGCCGGGGCGCGAGCCCGAAGCAACGGCCUCCGCCUCCGCCUCGCGCGCGCACCUCAGCGGUUCACACUCUCUUUUCCCGGUCAAGUCCGAGAGGCUGGCUUCCUCCACCAGCUCCGACUCUGACGCUUUGCCUCUGCUCGUCGAGGCGGCCACCUCCGGUGCACGCAAUGGCAUUGGCGGCAUGACUGGGAGCUACUCCGGGGAGCUCGGGCUAUUCUCUAACCGGAGCAGCGGGAUGGAUUCUGACCUCUUGUCCCAGGCGCGGUCUGGGACACGGGGCUCUCUGCGAAGCCGCAGCCGGCACCGGAGUCUCACACAGAAGUUCGCACCGAGGACGUUCAAGGACGUCGUCGGGCAGAGCUUGGUGGUGCAGGCGCUAUCCAACGCCGUCCUAAGGAGGAAGGUCGGGUUGGUGUAUGUCUUCUAUGGGCCACACGGCACAGGGAAGACAUCAUGCGCGCGCGUCUUCGCCAAGGCGCUCAACUGCCACUCUGCCGAGCACCCACGGCCCUGUGACUCGUGCAUUUCGUGCAUCGCGCACAAUGUUGGCAAAAGCAGGAACGUGAUGGAGAUUGGGCCCGUAGGCAACAUCGACAUGGAUGGAAUUGCGGAUGUUCUUGACAAUGUCAUGCUUUCACCGGCACCAUCACACUAUAGGGUGUUCAUAUUUGAUGACUGUGACACAUUGCCAGCAGACACUUGGAGCAUCAUCUCCAAAGUCAUUGACCGGGCACCCCGUCGUGUGGUGUUUAUCCUUGUUGGUCCCAACCUCGACCUUCCUCAUAUCAUCCUGUCGAGAUGUCAGAAGUUUUUUUUCCCCAAGUUGAAGGAGUGUGACAUCGUCAACACAUUGCAGUGGAUUUCCACCAGUGAAACUCUAGAUGCAGAUAGGGAUGCAUUGAGGUUAAUUGCAUCCCGUUCAGAUGGAUCAUUGAGAGAUGCUGAGAUGACUCUUGAUCAGCUGAGUUUGUUGGGGCAAAGGAUUUCUCUGUCUCUUGUCCAAGAACUCGUUGGUUUGGUAUCUGAUGAUAAGCUGGUUGAUUUGCUUGAUUUGGCACUAUCUGCUGACACUGUGAACACGGUGAAGACAUUACGAGACAUUACAGAAACUGGAGUUGAGCCUUUGGCACUGAUGUCUCAACUUGCCACGAUAAUUACUGACAUCCUGGCUGGUUCCUACAUAUUUGCAAGAGAUAGACCACGAAGAAAGUUCUUCAAACGUCCAACCUUGUCAAAAAAUGAUAUGGAGAAACUACGCCAGGCUUUGAAAACACUAUCGGAAGCUGAAAAGCAGUUGAGAGUCUCCAAUGACAAGGCAACAUGGCUUGCGGCUGCUCUGCUUCAGCUUGCUCCUGAUAAGCAGUAUAUGGUGCCAAGUUCAUCAACAAGUACGAGUUUCAACCAUGGUGUAUUGGACGGUUCCCUUCCUGGUAAGGAUGUAGCAAGGCACUCCGCUAUUGAGAAUAAUGGUAACAUGGCAAGCACUUCUUACGGGGAAAGGAGAACCAUUAAACAUACAUCAAAUCACCAUGGUUCGUCCACUGUUACCAAAGUGAACGAGCAAUCCAAACAUAGCAAAACUGAAAAUGAAAUGAUCUGGCAAGCAGUGGUUGAGAGUAUUCAGUCAGAUACACUACGAAAAAUGAUGGCCAAAGAAGGAAAGCUAAGAUCUGUCAGCCUAGGCACUGGGCCGACAGUGCAAGUGAUAUUUAGCUCACGUGUAAAUAAGUCCAACGCUGAAAACUUUAGGGGACAAAUUAUGCAGGCGUUUGAGUCUGUUCUUCAUUCUGCUAUAAUACUUGAAAUCCGAUAUGAAUCAAAACAUGAUGCGGGAGCAGGUCAUGAUGAGAAUGACACUGACAUGAUAUCAAGGAGAUCCUUCAGUAAACAUAGUAGCCCGGUUUCUUCUGGAGGUGAAACCCUCGUCAGGAGGCUUAAAAAAGACAGGGUUGUCAAGGGAGCUAGUUCUACUAAGACCAAGUGGAUGCAAUCUGAUCCCCACAUAUUAACAGAAGGCGAGAUCAUUGAAGUUGGACCUUCUCACAUGCACAGGUAUCCUGAAACAGAUAAUGGUGUUCGUAAUAUAAAUGAAAGAAGAAAUGAUAAUGCAUGGGAAGAGGCUUUGUCAUCACCAAACCAAGAGGGCGUGAUGAAACAAGGAGGAAAAAAUGGGAAUAAACAGCGUCGACAGAACAGCAUAGUAAAACGAAAGCUCUCACUUGCUCAUGUUCUCAGUAAGGCGGAGGUUUGUUCCCAACGAGGAGGCUGGUCUAGACGAAAAGCUAUGUCAAUUGCAGAAAAACUGGAACAAGAGAAUUUGAGAUUAGAGCCUAGAUCGAGAAAUAUACUUUGUUGGAGAACGUCAAAGACUCGCCGGAAGCUCUCGUCGUUUAGGGUCAGGACUGGAAGUGGAAGGUCACGAGCUAUAUCGCGGCUUAUCCUGUGUGGAAGAUGCAUUUCCACAAAAUCCCCAAGAUAAAAGAACACUAGAAGUGGUAGUUUUACAAGCGUUUAAUUUAGCAUCCAUAAUUCAUUCACUUUGUACCUUGUAGACUGUAGCUGUGUCAAUUUUUAGGCUUUCUCUAAUCUGUAAAUUGUUUGUCAUGUAAAAGAAAAAUAGAAAUGGCGUAGCGAAUUCUUUUCUGUCAAAUAUGCUUUGUAAUUCUUUUUGAAAGCCAACAGAGUCUGUACCAGAGGCUUCACUAAUAAAUGGUUUUCUAGUCGGCA